AUGUAUCAGUCAUUCCGCAGAGCAAACAAUGCACAAGGCCAUGAUUAUCAGCAGGGAAAGCUCGCAGUCCAAAUGUCUCAGAAAGUCUUAAUGGAAGAUUAUCAUGCUUUGAAGCACGAACGAAACGUUUCUAUUUUCCCAAAGUAUACAGGUUCUCUGUCCAAUGCUACGAUACGAAUAGAAGCUCGUAUUGUUACAUCUGGUCAUUGCUCCGCUCGCUGGAACGAGAAUGGUUCUUAG